UACCACCACAGUUCACACCCAUGUUAUCUGAUUCUGAGCUCACUAUGCAACAGUUGUGUGCAGCGAUGCAGUUGAACAGGUUCUUGUUCCAAGGAAUAGAAAGAAGAAGGUGGUUUGAUCACAUCACAAUAGUUUGAUCACAGAACACUAGUACAUUUAUCAGACUGCAGUGCCUCAAUAGGACCGAUUCAACCAGGGAUGAAGGUGACUCAACUAGAAUGUCUGUGUCUGAUUCUUCUACAUCUCCUACACACAGCAGGCUCUGAGAGGUUUGAGGUUCUUGGUCCAACUGAUUCCAUUGUUGCUGUAGCUGGUGAUGACAUCAUUCUGCCCUGUUACCUCAAACCCAACAUCAGUGCUGAGGACAUGACAGUGGACUGGCUUAACCUGGACUUCUUAGACAGUCGUGUCUUUCGUUACCAAAACCACAGAAUCAUACGAGAGGAUCAGAUUCUCUUCUAUAGUGGAAGAACUUCACUGUUUGAAGAGGAACUGUGGAGGGGCAACACCUCUUUGAAACUGACCAGGGUACAAGGCACUGAUGAGGGACAUUACAAAUGCUUUAUUCAGUCAAAGAGCUGGUAUGAUGAUUUCACUGUUCAAGUCCUCGUUAAAGCUGUAGGAUCCAAGCCAGUGGUGUCCAUUGAGGGACACAGAGAGGGAGGGAUGGGUCUGCUGUGUGAAUCAGAAGGCUGGCACCCUGAGCCUGAGCUGGUGUGGCUGAACAGUAAAGGAGUCCAUCUCUCUGCUGGUCCUCCUGAGAUACAUAGAGACUUAGAUGGAUUCUACACAGUCAAACAACAUGUCAUUGUCCAGGAGACUGACACCAACCACUUUACCUGCAGAGUCCAACAGAGCAGGAUCAAUGAGAAGAUGGAGACAGAGAUUCACCUCCCUAUUGUAGGAUCCAAGCCAGUGGUGUCCAUUGAGGGACACAGAGAGGGAGGGAUGGGUCUGCUGUGUGAAUCAGAAGGCUGGCACCCUGAGCCUGAGCUGGUGUGGCUGGACAGUAAAGGAGUCAAUCUCUCUGCUGGUCCUCCUGAGAUAGAUAAAGACUACAAGGGAUUCUACACAGUUAAACAACAUGUCAUUGUCCAGGAGACUGACACCAACCACUUUACCUGCAGAGUCCAACAGAGCAGGAUCAAUGAGAAGAUGGAGACAGAGAUUCACCUCCCUAGUGAGUUGUUUGAUUACGCAACCCCAUUGAGAAUGGCCGUCAUUGUGUUAUGCUGUCUGGGAGCCGUCACUGUGAUUGGGUUAUCUCUGGCUGUCUACUGCAUACGUAAUAAAAAAGAUAAACUCACUAGGAAUCUAGAUGACCUCUGUAACCAGAAUUAUGAACUCUGUGAACACAAAUAUUACCUCACUGAGAAUCGAGAUGUCCUCAGGAAGGAGAAGGAAAUCCUGACUUCUCAGCUGGACUUUGAAACCAUCAGAAGACAUGCAGUGGAUGUGACUCUAGACCCUGAUACGGCACAUUGUAAACUCAUCCUGUCUGAUGACAGGAAACAAGUGAGACAUGGAGAACUAGAUCAGGUUCUCUCUGACAACGGGAAGAGGUUUACAAAUUGGUCCUGUGUCCUGGGAAAUGAGGGCUUCUCAGGGAAGUUCUACUAUGAGGUGAAGGUGGAGGGGAAGACCGAGUGGACUUUGGGGGUGGUCAUACAGUCCAUCAAUAGGAAUGAGAGUUUUAUACCAAUCCCUAAUAAUGGAUACUGGACUGUGGAGCUGAAGGAUGGAGAGUACACAGCUCAUGCUGAUUCCCCUGUCACCCUCUUACUGAGAGAGAAGCCCCUGAAAGUGGGGGUGUUUGUGGAUUAUGAGAAGUGUCAGGUCUCCUUCUACAAUGUGGAGGACAGGUCUCAUAUCUACUCUUUCACUGACUGCUCCUUCACUGAGAAACUCUAUCCAUUCUUCAAUCCUGGUGAUUCAGAUAGUAUUUCACUGGUUGUCUGUCCUGUGGAUGCCACUGACUGACUGUUUUAAAUCAAACAGGGUGCCAUUGUUAUUUAUGAAAUGCUUGUUACUCUGCUAAUGUGCAGUAAAUAUACUGUAUAUAAUUUUAAAAAGUGCUGAACAAGUAGUUAUAUUGACAACAUCCGUCCGAGCUCAUUUAUGUCUUAAUGGAAAUGACAGAUUGUCUCUUAUCCGCUCGUCGUUCCCUUAUGCCAUAGUUUGUACAUCUCAAUUGUCAGUAGAAAACACAUUUGUUUAAACAAGUCAGCCAUAUGAGCAAUAUUUAAGAAGGCAGUAAAUGAGGCUCAAUUAACUGUUUCGCUGCCAGACAUGGCUCCGCCGAUAGCCAGGUGUAGCAGUGGUAAGGUCUUGGGACUGCUGAUGGGACUCUGCUGUUGGGACUCUGCUGUU